UUAAAAUGGGCAAGUAUUGGUGGAACCCAUCAGUAAAUAUGAACGCCCAUGAAACACCAGCACCAGUCAUAGGAAAGAUAGAGAAAGAGGAGAGUGACGAUUCACAUCAGUCCUCAGCAUCUAGUAUGGCCGCUUCACCCAUAGACGGCAUGGCAUCGACGGCGCUGCGAUCGGUUCUGCAGCGGGUGCAGCUGGCCGCCGAACGCUGCAGCCGUGGAUCGGAUCGGAUUAGGGUGCUGGCCGCGAGCAAGACCAAACCAGUCUCUCUUAUUCGUCAAGUUUACGACAUUGGACACCGCUGUUUCGGCGAGAACUAUGUCCAAGAGUUCGUAGAGAAAGCUCCUCAGCUUCCGGAGGAUAUAGAGUGGCAUUUCAUUGGGAAUUUGCAGAGCAAUAAAGUUAAGAUGCUUCUGACUGGUGUGCCCAAUCUCGCAAUGGUGGAGACAGUUGAUGAUGAAAAGAUUGCGAAUCAGCUUAAUCGAGUGGUCGGAAACAUUGGAAGGAAACCUUUGAAGGUUUUUGUUCAAGUGAAUACAAGCGGAGAAGAAAGUAAAUAUGGUGUUGAACCAGCUGGGUGUGUGAGCCUUGUCCAACAUGUUACUUCAAGCUGCCCUAACCUUGAAUUCUGCGGCCUAAUGACAAUUGGAAUGCUUGAUUAUACCUCGACACCGGAGAAUUUUAAGACAUUAGCAAAUUGUAGAAGCGAGGUUUGCGAGACAAUUGGAAUAGCCGAAGAGCAAUGCGAGUUGUCAAUGGGCAUGUCUGGGGAUUUUGAACUUGCAAUUGAAAUGGGAAGUACAAAUGUCAGAAUUGGAACAAUGAUAUUUGGAGCAAGGGACUAUUCGAAGAUGCAAUGAAUUUCUAAUGUUGUUGCCCUUUUGGUACAAAUUUCUAGUGUAUAAGUAGAAUAAGCGCAGUAAGCAGUUCAUUGACUUAUUUGGCUGAGAAGGGUGUUGUCAUAUGACUUUCCUUUAAAAAGAAAUGUUCAAUAAGUUAUUGUUCACUUUAGCAGUUUUUGUGUGCAAAACACAUUAUUAAACUUUGGAGCUUUGCAUAAAGCAUUUCUGUAUGGUUUAAUUUCCAACAAAAUCUUCUCCCUAGAGCAUAUAAAUUCUUUCACUUUCAUCUUA